AUGUCUAAUAUUAAAUCAAAGAAACAAGAACAACAAGUCGAGAGUUACCUGAAGAGGCUAAAAAUACCUUCAAAUUUUGAAAAUGAAACAAAAGAUUUAGUUAAAAAAAUGGUUCACCAUGAAGCUUUUGGAAAGCAGGAUUUCAAGUGGUCAUUAGAUAAUUUUGAACUUGCAUACAGAUUAGGAAGAGGAAAAUUUGGUCGAGUUUAUCUGGCAAGAGAAAAAGUUACAGGUUUUGUUGUAGCUAUUAAGACUCUAUUCAAAAAAGAAAUAGUCAAAGGACGAGUAGAACGACAAAUCUUAAGAGAAAUUGAGAUCCAAAGUCACUUAAAACACCCAAACGUUUUACAGUUGUUGGCUUAUUUCCACGAUUCACAUAGGAUUUAUUUGGUAUUAGAAUAUGCUGGAAGAGGUGAACUUUAUAAACAUUUGAAGGCAUCUGAAGGUGGCAGAUUUAAUGAACAUCUGUCAGCAAAGUAUAUAUAUCAGGUAGCAGAUGCCAUAAAUUAUUGUCAUCAGAAUGCAGUAAUACAUAGAGAUAUUAAGCCUGAAAAUCUUUUAUUAACUAUUACUGGAGACAUUAAACUUGCUGAUUUUGGUUGGUCCGUCCAUGCUCCUUCCUUCAGUAGAGUUACUUUGUGUGGUACUUUGGACUAUUUACCUCCAGAAAUGGUUACAGGCAAAGAGUAUAAGCAGUACGUUGAUCAUUGGUGUUUAGGUAUUCUGUGUUAUGAGUUUUUAACUGGAAACCCACCUUUUGAAAGUAAAGAACAGGAAGAAACUUACAAAAAAAUUACAAGUGGCAAUGUAUAUUUUCCUGAUUAUAUGUCUGCAGGAGCCAAGGAUCUGAUUUCUAAGCUUUUAGUUGCUAAAAGUGAGAAAAGACUGUCACUACCUGAAGUAAUGCGUCAUCAUUGGGUUGUUGAACAUAAAGACAAAAAGAUUUCUUCCUAA